AUGAUAACCCAACACGCACCAAAGAGAAAUCCAAGGAAAACUAACAGACUAAAAUACAAAACCUUGCUAACGCAUCAGAUAGGUACAAACAAACCUAACGACAUCGAUGAUAUCGACAACAUCGAACAAAACGUAAACAAACUAACGGAGUGCAUUAAGACAAGUUAUGAACAAGCUUGUCCUCUGAAGAAAAUCAACACAAAUCGACUGUCAAAAAACAGCUGGUGGGGCCCAGAUCUGGAAAGAAUGAGGAAAAACCUCAGACAUCUUUUCAACAGAGCAAAAAACACCAGACAAGAACAAGAUUGGGACAACUACAAGGAAGCCCAAUACAAAUACAACAAACGCGUCAGAGAAAAAGACAAAACCGCGUGGCAAAAGUUUUGUACAAGCAUAGAGUCGAACGACACUGCAGCCCGCAUACGUAAGAUUCUAGCAGACGACAACACCCGCACACUCGGCUCGCUGAGGAAAGCUGACGGAACAUACACUAAGGAUGACAAAGAAAUAAGCGAAACGCUCAUUGAAACGCAUUUCCCUGGCUGUAGAAUAGUAGACUCAGCAGACUGGGAACACAACCUAGGACACCAUCCCACAGAUGAGGAUUGGGAUCUUGCUAACAACACACCUGGAGAGAAGUAA